AAAGGGAAGUAUGACCUAAAGAUAUCACAGAGGUUAUAACGCGCAAGGUAACUUGGGACUGUCUCCAUCCACAUUCAAGAUGGCGACCAAACAGUUAAGCGGGGUUCUGCGAACAUAUAUUGCCGCAGGUAAAGCAUCUCCUUCUCCCCCGCUAGGCCCUUCACUUGGACAGCGAGGAGUGAACAUAGCGCAGUUUUGCAAAGAGUUUAACGAAAGAACUAAGCACAUUAUUACUGGAAUUCCAAUUCCUACGAUCAUCUCUUACAAGGGUGAUCGCUCAUUUAGCUUUGAAAUGACUUCACCUCCAGUCUCACAUUUUCUAAAAGCAGCUGCAGGAGUUGAGAAAGGGGCUCAAAAACCAGGCCAUGAAGUUGUGGGCACAGUAACCCUCAAGCACAUUUAUGAAAUUGCCAAAAUCAAGAAAGAGGACUCGUCAAUGAAGAAUGUGCCAUUGAGAAGUGUAUGUAGAUCUGUCAUUGCUUCAGCCAGGGGCAUGGGCAUUGAGGUUGUUCCUGGUAGAGAUGCAGAUACAUAACACACACCCAUCACUGAAACCUUAGUGACUAGUCAUGCAGUUGUUUGGGAAAUAUCUUGUGCAAAAUGGGAAAUAUAUCUUUGGAUCAUCUGAAGUACAUUGCAAAAGAAACUACCAAAAGAGGAAAUCUUGGUUUUUAUCAGAAUCAUGCUUUUGCAGGUGUUCAGUUAGUGUAAGAUGCAAUAAUAGUACUCAUGCAAGGUGAAAAGGAAGGCAAAAGUAGGAAGGAAUAAUCUCAGCUUUUGUCAAUCCCCUUUUUUUUGUCUCAUUGUUUUGCAUCAACCUGCAUUUACCACUCAUCCUUUUUACUGACUAAUUGCCAGGAAUGGGCUAUCGAGGAAGUUGCAAAGGAGAUGAAACAAAUUUGAUGUACAUAGAAGAAUUUCUCUACCAUAAGUACAGUAUCCCAGUUUUAGCUUGAAAUUGUUGGAUUAUAAUGUCAAUAUCUGAGCAACUGCACCCCACCCCUCCCCUCACCCAAAAUUAACCCUAAAUUGUUAUCAGUUUUGUUGGGCUAGGGGAGGGGUAGGUGGGCUGUUGCUCACAUACUGACAUUAAUCCAGAUUGUUCAUCAAAUAGUUUUGUGAACAAGCCACAGGUUAUUACCCAUAUAAGGAAUUCAACUAUUCCCCAUGUAGGAAAGAGAACUUGGGUAUGAGGUUGUCAAGAAAUGCACACCUCUGUUCCAAAAUGAUAAGUAUAUGAAGUUUGAUGCAUAGUGAUGCUCCUAAAGAGGAUGUCAGAAUGAGACGAGUCGUCUCACUGAUUUGAAGUUCACAACUCCAGAUGGAACUUGGUUAUUUAAUAAAAUUAAUGUGGUAUUUUUGUUUCUUUGCUUGUCACCACGAUCGCCUUUGCCAGUGUAAAGUAGGAAAUCUAUGUUAUAAAACUGUAUGAAAGGACCGUUCUGCGAGGAUAUC